AAACAAUGUGAUUCAUUCAAAUUACUAAAACAAAUGCAUUCUCAAAUGAUUAUAAACUCAAUCACAGACAAACAAAAUUACCUCCUUUCUAAACUCAUUGAUCUCAAAGUAAAUUAUGAUUACACUCUGUUUUUCUUUUCACAUAUUUCUAAACCCAAUGAUUUAUCAUACUUGAUUAUCCGUGCUUUAACUAAUACUUGGCAUGAUUAUUCACUAACCCUUCAACUUUACUUUGAAAUGAAGGGUUUUGGUAUAGAACCUAACAAUUUUACUUACCCAUUUUUAUUGAUUUCUUGUGCUAAUUUACCGUCAUUAAGUAUAGGUAGACUGGCACAUUCUUGUGUUGUGAAACUUGGGUUGGAGUUAGAUUCUCAUAUAACUCAUUCUUUGAUUACUAUGUACUCAAGGUGUGGUGAUAUAUGUCUUGAAAGGGAAGUGUUUGAUGCAAUAACUGAGAGAGAUUUGGUCUCUUGGAAUUCGAUGAUAUCGGGUUAUUCAAAGAUGGGUUGUUCUAGAGAAGCUGUGGGUUUGUUUAAGGAGAUGAGGAUGAAGGGGUGUGAACCAAAUGAAAUGAGUGUAGUGAGUGUUCUUGGAGCUUGUGGUGAUCUAGGGGAUUUGAGUUUUGGGAAAUUGUUGGAAGGUUUGAUAGAGGAAAAGGGAUUUGAAUUGAAUACAUUUGUUGGUUCGUCGUUGAUUAAUAUGUUUGGAAAGGUCGAGCCUAGGUCACUUUCUUACCACGUUUCCUUUGCGGGUUGUGUUAAAUGUCGGGAGUCAUCACUACAGAUUUUCAAUCACUGA